GCACAUGUGGCCGUAGUGGCACUUUCCGUUGCUUUGCGUUCGCUAGCUGGAAUCGGAUAUCUCACCUGCGGCGAUAGUGAUGAUAGCGCACACUGUCAUUGGUCAAUUCUCUGCCGUUCAGCAGGCGUGGUUAGAUAACUGGGAUUCGCAAGAAACCUUGUGACCAUAGUAGAUUGAACUCAGAUCUGCGUUAAAACUCUCAGAAAGAAGUACAUGAGGUUUUUUGAUUAACAGAAACCAGCGGGAGAUCGAACUAUUUUUCAUUUUCUGAUGCUGAAGUGCCAUUUCUUGGUUUCGUUGCUGAUAUCAAGAUAAAAUAAGUUAUCCGGGCGUCGUCGGAAAUGUGUUCUUCCACCAGAGAUGUCAUCCACGAAGUCACAAGUGACAUCCCAGAACUUUUUAAAGCUCUGCUCGAUUGCCCAAACCUAGACCCCGACGAAAAGGACAAGGAUCUGUUAUGCGCAGCAGGAAAUGGAGACUGUGGUGGAUUAGGCGGGGGCAGCGGUGGUAUGGGCCCCUCCGCCUCCUUAACCCCUGCUAUAUGGGACAAGACCAUCCCUUAUGAUGGAGAGACCUUCCACCUGGAGUACAUGGACCUGGACGAGUUUCUGCUGGAGAAUGGCAUCCCAGCGCCAUUGGAGCAGGACCACCAGAAGGACCAGGUCAAAGAAGGGUCCCAGGAGCCUUCUGGGGAGACGUCCCCUGCCAGGUCAGGCCCGGACAGCACCGCCGACACCCCCCUGCUACCCGUGGUUGAGCUGGACCGGGGUGAAGAGCAGCUGGUUACAGUCACUGUGUCAGCAACGGAAAACGCGGCCAAGGCUGAGGACAGUGCCGAGGUGGACGAAGAUGUGGACAAAGAUGUGGACCGCGUGACGCCCACCUCGAUGGACCCGGAAGAAAUCGAAGUGGAGGUGAACUUCCAGCCGGAUCCCACCGACCUGGUGCUGUCCAGCGUGCCAGGGGGGGAGCUCUUCAACCCGCGCAAGCAUCGCUUCUCCGAGGAGGAGCUGAAGCCGCAGCCGAUGAUCAAGAAGGCGAAGAAGGUGUUUGUGCCCGAAGAGCAGAAGGACGAGAAGUACUGGCAGAGGCGAAAGAAGAACAACAUGGCGGCGAAACGCUCACGCGACGCCCGCCGGCUGAAGGAGAACCAGAUCACUGUGCGGGCUGCCUUCCUAGAGCAGGAGAACAUGGCACUGCGCCAGGAGGUGGCCGAGCUGCGGAAGGACUACGGGCGCUGCAAGAACGUCGUGGCUCGCUACGAGGCCAAAUACGGACCGAUUGCCCCAGUCGAAACAGAGGUAGAAGACCAGUGAGAAUUUAUCGGUUUAUUGAUUCAUUUGUGGUGGUGUGGGAGGGGGAGGGAAAUAAAUGAAUUAAUAAAUACGUAAAUUAAGCAGAGGACUAAAAACACUGAGCAGACGUUGGAAGCAGGUGAAAGAAGAGGAGGACAGGAAGUUGGUGUGUGUGUGGCUGACAAAUUGCAGAUGAAAGCGUGUGGCAUUGUCUUUAUGGUUAGUGUUUCCUUUUUUUUAUUGAUAUCUGUCCUUUUUUUUUUGCCUUUGUCGUCGGUCUUUGUGUGUGUCUGUCUAUGAAAUUGUUCUUUCUGUGUUUAUGAAUAAUUCAUUUUAACGGGAGCCUGGAAAGGGGGCGAUACGUUUGCCCAUGUAGUCCUGUUCUUUACAGCAAGACGCGUGGGCAGAUUUAAAAAGACAAAACUCCAAGGCCCACAAAGACAGUUAGGUCGAGCUUUGCAAUAAUUUCUCAAAAAUUCUGAAUUUUAAAAUGGACAUUUUUAAUUUUUUGUAUGUUUUUUUUAAAGGUGGGUGUACAUUUCUCUGGAUGUACUCUUUUAUAUUCUAGAUAGAAAAUGUUAAAUUAUAGGCUAUUUGGUCCAUUGUUGUAUUGAAGAAAACUGGUUUCUGUAUUUUAAGUUAUUGAGAAAACCAGAUAUUGAAACAUUCAUUUGCUUAUACAUACUUGCUCUACAACAAUGUACAGUGUAUAUUUCCCCACAAAUAUACGUCAGGGCUGUCCAGUUUCACACCUAAAUGUGAGGGGUGGAUGAUGAAGCCCUCUAAGAAUUAAAAUCUAAUUGGGUUUCAGUAUUUUUCCAAGUAUAAAAUGGCAUCCAGAAUGCUCUUACCAUGUGUAAGCAUGUAUGUAUAUUUAUGUAAGUUGAAGAGAUACAUUUCUUAGAAUCUGCAAAAAAAAGAAAGACGACACCCAGUGAUGAAAGUCUGCUUUGAAGGGUGUGGUGUGCCCCAUCCCCUGUUCACCUCACUGGCCUUGCAGGCAGGUUUACCCUCUUCUUUUCUAGUGAUGUGGAACUGGAGAGGUGUUUUGAAAUGGAGGAAACUGCAUCUUUAUGGGGGGUAAAUGCCAAAAUUCCACUUUGUAUUUGAACUUGCAACACGAUGCAUUAAAAAAGGUCAUUUCAGCUGGAUGGAAAGGCCAGAGGGUGGGGUUGGUGGUGCUGAACUGGUGCGCCGCAGUGACCCUGAGUACUGGAACUCCUUUCACUGGAUGCGUCGACCUCACAGGGACCUAAAUCCUUAAGUGUCUUGAGCCCAUACAGCACAAAGCCUUGUUCACCCGAAAGCAGGGCAGGAUUGUUACAUAUCAGAAACCAAACUCGAUUCUAUAUCAGGGCCAUCACUUAUCUUUUGUUAAUUGAUGUAUCAUUUUGUUUGAUACUUAGUUUCGGCUUAGUGCUGAAACAAUAUUGUGUAUUUUUUUCUUUACAAUGUGUUAAUAUAUUGCUUCCUGUUUGGAUUACCAAGGCUUGAGGUACAUUUGAUGGUUUUUUUUUGUAAUGUAUGAAUAGAAAACCUAAAUUUUGAGAUUGCAGGUUUUUGGUGUAAAAUAGGUUCUUGUUUAAAUUAAGCUUUAUUUUUUUGUACAGAAUCAUAACCUGGACUAUUCAGAUUGCAAAUUCAUUUUCACCGUGGAAACUAACAAGGUAGCAUGAUGGACAUGAAUUGUGACCAGCGUGUUGCAGGUUCCAGGCUCCGAAGACCCACUGGGAACUAUAUUGUAAAUUAUGUAAGUUACAUAAAUGUCAGAUAAGCAACCUGAAAAUAAAACUGAUUGUAUUUAUCUAUUAGCAA